UAUUUAUUCUCAUACUAAAUAAAAUGUGCACAAAUGAUGAGAAUGAUAACAUGAGUGUUACAAAAAAUAACAUAAUUUUAUAACAAUAAGGUAAUAUUUGCCAAUGUCGACUGUAAAUCAGAGCGGUGGUUUGGGCGUCCUUGGGUGCGCAGUAAGCCCAGAUCCACUCCCUGCUGGUCCAGAGUUCAAAGACCUGGUACUCUCUCGCUCUCUCUCAAUUUCAUAUGCUGAUCAAAGGUCUAUGCAUGGGAAUGAAGAAAUUUCAUACUUCAAGAGGACUCCAUUGAUGCAUAAAACUUGAGUCUCUCGUGUGGUUAAUGUCUGAAAUUCAUUACAGUAGUCAAAGAGGGCAUUGUCUUUUGCAUUAUGCAUGUCUAGCCUUGUGGUUCAUGUUGGUAAUAAUGAGGCUUCCCAUGCUGAGAAAUCAAGAUCUUUACAUGACGGUACUAUUUCCUUCAGCAACAGAGAACAGCAUCCACCUGUAUUGGGUAAUGGACAAGAUGCUCUAUCAUCUUUUGAAACUGGUAGCUGUAGAAUAGGUGAAGUGUUUCUCCUCAAUGGGGAAAUCUAUUCUGGGUCUUUGCAGGGUAACAUGCCAGAAGGUUCCGGGAAAUAUGUGUGGUCUGAUGGUUGCACCUAUGAGGGCGAGUUGGGAAGAGGGUUGGAAAGUGGUAAGGGAAAAAUUUCGUGGCCUUCUGGGGCGACCUAUGAAGGUAAAUUUUGGGGAGGUUAUAUGCAUGGGAAUGGAACCUUCAUAUGGGCUGAUGGAAUGACUUAUACUGGAGGGUGGCAAUUGAAUGUGAAACAUGGGUUUGGAAGGAGAACCUAUACUAAUGGAGAUGUCUUUGAAGGUUCUUGGAAUCAUGGAAUUAUUGAAGGGCCUGGCGAAUAUUUCUGGGCGAAUGGAAAUGUCUACAUUGGAAAUAUGAAAGGGGGGAAGAUGAGUGGUAAAGGGGUUCUUACAUGGACAAAUGGGGAUUCAUUUGAGGGUAACUGGUUGAAUGGCUUGAUACAUGGGUUUGGGGUUUAUACUUGGGCAGAUGGGGGUUGCUAUGUCGGGACCUGGAGCAAGGGUUUGAAGGAUGGUAAAGGUGCAUUUUAUCCAAAGGGUGGCAGGCUUCCUGCUGUACAAGAGUCGUACCAUAAUGCUUUGAGAAAGGGAGGUCUGUUGGUAUCAGAAUUACGUAAGCCACAAGAGAGUUCACGAAUCCGCCAUGCUUCCUCUGUGGACAUAGGGCAGAUCAAAGCUCAAAGGAGAAAUGGAUCAAGAUGGGCUUCUUCGGAUAAGCUUCCUAAAUCCAUUCUCAGAAAUUCGGGGCAAUGUCGCCCCAGAAAUGUAUCCUUAGAAAGGCGCUGGAGUCUAGACCCUUCCUUUGAGAAAGUGAUUGGAAACAAUUUGUCCUUGCAGGAAGCCAUUUUAGAAGGUGAUGAUGAUGAAGCAGAUGCAGAUGUACCUAUUUUAGAAAGGGAGUACAUGCAAGGUGUUUUGAUCAGUGAGCUGGUCUUGAAUAAUAUUUUUUCAUUAUCAUCUAGAAGAAAGAGAAGGUGGCCGAAGAGACUUGUGAAGGACAUCAAGAAACCAGGAGAAGCAAUCAUUAAAGGCCAUAGAAGUUAUGAUCUAAUGCUAAAUUUGCAACUCGGAAUAAGGUACACUGUCGGAAAAAUCACGCCAAUACAUAGACGUGAUUCUCGAACAUCAGAUUUCGGCCCUCGUGCGAGUUUUUGGAUGAAUUUUCCUAGAGAAGGCUCACAGUUAACUCCUCCUCACCAGUCUGGAGAUUUUAAAUGGAAGGACUAUUGUCCAAUGGUUUUCAGGAAUUUGCGUGAGUUAUUCAAGAUUGAUGCUGCAGAUUAUAUGAUGUCUAUUUGUGGGAGUGCAGCACUUAGAGAGCUGUCUUCACCUGGAAAGAGUGGAAGCAUCUUUUUUUUGUCUCAGGAUGAUCGGUUCAUGAUAAAAACUUUGCGUAAAUCUGAAGUAAAGGUUCUCUUGCGGAUGCUUCCAAACUAUUAUCAUCAUGUCCAAACCUAUGAAAACACCCUUAUAACAAAAUUUUUUGGGCUUCAUAGGAUAAAGCCUUCAAGUGGACAAAAGUUCAGAUUUGUGGUAAUGGGUAAUAUGUUUUGCACGGAGUUGCGGAUACACCGGAGGUUUGAUUUGAAAGGUUCAUCGCAGGGGCGUUCAGUUGACAAGGUUGAAAUUGAUGAAAAUACAACUCUAAAGGAUUUGGAUUUAAACUAUCUCUUUUAUUUAGAACCUUCAUGGCGGGAUUCUCUCUUGAAGCAAAUAGAGAUUGAUAGCCAGUUCUUACAGACACAAGGGAUAAUGGAUUAUAGCCUCUUGUUGGGUGUGCAUUAUAGAGCUCCCCAAUAUUUAGAUUCAUUAACAACAGAUUCUCAUAUUUCAACAUCUGAAGAUUUUGCAAUGCUUGCUGAAGAAGUGUCAGCAGCUCACGAGGACGAGAUUUCAUGCUACCCGAGGGGUCUUGUUCUGAUUGCACGUGGGCCGCUCGAGGACGGCGUCGUGGUUGGUCCCCAUAUACGUGGCAACCGUCUGCGAGCAUCAGCAGCUGGUGAUGAAGAAGUAGAUUUGCUUCUCCCAGGCACAGCCAGACUUCAAAUUCAACUUGGUGUGAACAUGCCUGCUCGGGCAGAGUAUGUCCCAAAUGGUGAAACCAACAAGAGUGAACAGUUGUUUCACGAAGUGUAUGAUGUGGUCCUCUAUCUAGGUAUCAUUGAUAUACUACAAGACUACAAUAUGAAUAAAAGAAUCGAGCACGCCUACAAAUCCCUCCAAUUUGAUUCCCUCUCCAUCUCAGCUGUCGAUCCCAUGCACUACUCUCACCGUUUCUUGCGGUCUAUACAGAAGGUGUUCCCAGAAAACAAUUCUUGAGGGGGUUCUUCAGACUUCAGGGAGCAGAUGCUGCUUCAUUUCAUUUCUUUUUAUUUAAAAAUGUUGUCUGAAUGAAGGAAUGACUGAGUGAAACUUGUUCUUAACUUCUCUGAAUCCUGCCAAAUCAUCGCUUUCUCUUUUGCUUUUCUAAUGCUCUUCCACAGGAGGGAGUGAUUGUUGUGUUGGAAUGGGCCUCUAGAUGUUAUGACUCUUCAAUUCAACAUUCUAAACAAAUCACCUGCUGCAUCAAAAUUUCAAACAUAAACAGCUCAAUGUCUCUGAGACAAUACUAUAUGUAUUGUAUGCAUAGUACAAGGAUGUUGCGAUCGCUGUAGUCAUUGGACGUGAAAUUUACACAUUAAAUUGAGUUACGACUUUCAAGAAGUUUUAAUUGGGGCUUUGUGCCAAUCAAUGAUACAUCGUAUUCCACUUGAUUUCA